AGCAUCCUGUAGGGCCCUGAUAACACUUCGUAGAUGCAAAGCCAUAUCGAACAUGCAUCGAGAAUUCGGAAUUUCUUACUGACAGUUGUGUGUUCUGAGCGGUUGUGUCUGACAGCUGACAGAAGUUCUUUGUACACUUUUGUUUUGUAGUCCUCUUUAUUUGAUUUUCCUCUACGUCGCCUUUAACCUGUUGAUUCGUUUAUAGCGCAUUCGAUGCUUGUUGAUUUCGCUGACAUAGCAUGUAAACUAAACAUGCAAAUAAUUCUUUUCAUAGUUGAAUUUACAUUUUAGUUGAUCAAGUAGGGAGUCAGUGUGAAAAAAAUGUGCAGUUUAUAAUUCAGCUAUUAGCAUUGUUGUUACCAUGGAAAUGUGAUUAUUGUUAUAACAAUUCUAGUUUAGUCAAGAGCGAAAAUUGCAUUCGGAAAACAACACAGGUCUCGUCAGAGCUACAAAAAUGCUGAGACAGAAAGUCGACUUGUUAACUUACCAUCAGCCGCCACAAGUGAUCUAUAAGCUGAUUAAAAAUAAAAUAAUCCCUCCAGAGUAUGCUGACUACCAGUUUAUCCAACACAGCCGAAUUCCAACCAUGCAUUUCCAGAAAUCUUUGCCUCAUCUGCCAAUACCCAAAAUGGAACUCACAUGCGAACGAUACUUAGCAGCACAAAGACCUUUAUUGAUUGAUGAAGCCUACAGAAAAACAGAGUCCAAUGUAAACCAGUUCAAGAAUACCUCUGGUAAAACAUUGCAAAGUAUGCUGAAAGAUUAUGACAAAGCAAACAAGAGUAGCAGUUAUAUUUCUGAAUUUUGGUUUGACUACUAUCUGAGAGACCGCAAACCCAUUCCAGUAAACUACAACCCAGUAUUAGUAAUGCAUAUGGAUGAGAGACCUGAAUAUAUGGAUCAGUUGGUCAGAACUUCUAAUUUGAUAAUAAGCUCACUACGCUUUUACAACUCUCUAAGAACUGGAAUUUUGGAGCCAGAAGUCUUCCAUAUAAACCCCAAGAAAAGUGAUACAGAAAGAUUUCGAACAAUAUGUAGCUCUCUUCCUCCAUCACUUUCCUGGUAUGGGGCAUAUCUUAUGAAAGCUUAUCCUUUAGACAUGAGCCAAUAUCCAAACUUGUUUCACACAACAAGAAUUCCAGAAACUGACAAAGACAGGCUAUUUACCAAUCGAAAUGGGAGACAUAUCACAGUACAGCACAAAGGUCAUAUUUAUGCAGUUAGAGUAUUAUCUGACAAUCAUGAUAUCCUACCUCCUGAACAAAUUCUUGCAAGACUGAAACUUAUUAUGGAAGAUGAUAUUCCAGAAUGUGAAUAUCCUAUAGGAAUUUUGACAACUAUGGAGCGCAAUAAAUGGGCAACUCUAAGACAUGAACUUCAGCAAGAUAAGAAUGAACAGACUUUCAAACUGAUUGAUUCUGCUUUGUUCAAUGUUUGCUUGGAUUCUGACAAGCUGGAUGAUGAUCCUUACAAGAUGAUCCGAAGCUUCCUUCAUGGAGAUGGGUGCAAUAGAUGGUUCGACAAAUCCAUUUCAUUGCUUGUAUCAAAGGAUGGGCAUGCUGCAGUUAAUUUUGAACAUGCUUGGGGUGAUGGAGUAGCUGUAUUAAGAUAUGUUCAAGAUAUUUAUAAGGAUUCUAAAGAGAAACCUUAUGUGCAUCCUGACACAAAACCAUAUGAUCAAGAAAAAGACAUUGUCCGACUAGAGAUCAAUGUGACAGAAAAGAUGAAGCAGUGCAUCAAAGAAGCUAAAGCAGAAUAUGCCAAAAGGUGCAAAAGUCUCGAUAUCGACUAUCUGAUAUUUGACAGAAUCGGCAAGAACGUGUGCAAGAAACAAGCUGUUAGUCCCGAUGCUGUGAUGCAACUGGGCUUUCAGGUUGGGUAUUAUCGGAUGACUGGGAAGUUUGUGCCAUCAUAUGAAUCUUGUAGCACUGCAGCUUUCAAACAUGGUAGAACUGAGACUGUCAGACCCUGCACCAUGGCUACUAAGGCUUUCACUCUAGCAGUUACCUCUCAGAACAAACCUUCUACAUCAGAAUUGAAGAGCAUGAUAUCUGAAUGCUCUAGAGUUCACAGCCAACUAACCAGAGAAGCAGCAAUGGGCCAGGGCUUUGACAGACAUCUGUUUGCUUUGAAGAAACUGGCUGAGAAGAAUAACAUGCAAAGCAAUAUUUUCGAGGAUCCUGGAUACGUGUAUUUGAAUCAUAUCAUACUUUCCACAAGUACAUUGAAUUCGCCAGCUAUCUAUGCUGGGGGAUUUGGUCCCGUUGUCAAAGAUGGACUUGGUGUGGGGUACAUCAUCAAAGAUGACGAGCUGGGUGUGUUGGUAACCAGCUAUCCACCAUACCAAAACGGCUCCGACUUCAUCCAAGCUUUACGAGAAACUUUUGAAGAGUUGGUUACCCUUCUACAAAAGGACUAAGUUUAUCCAUUACAUGUUCAUCUGAUAUCGUUAUGAUUCCAUGUACAUUUUAUUUUUUUAUGCAUUUCAUAAGUUUAAUGAAUGUUAUAUUAUUUUAUUAUUAUUUUAGGUUUAUGUUACUGUUUUGGUUCCUGAUGGGUCACGUUUAACCCUCACUACUUAUUAUUCGCUUAUUUUUUCCAUUUCAGCUACCGAAAGACUACUGUGGUGCCUUAAUUGUAACAAUAAUGUGAAGAUUUUAUAUUUUGAGUAUCAAUAAUAUUUUGUAAAUGUACA